AUGUCAUUAAAGGACCAUAGUGAGUCUGAUGCAUUUGUAUGCUGCAUAUUAGCCCAUGGCUCAGAGAAUGCUGUGUAUGGAAUAGAUCGGAAGGAGAUACAAAUUCGUGAUGUUAUCAACCUAUUCAUUGGAACUCAUUGCAAAAGUUUGGCUGGAAAACCCAAGCUGUUCUUAGUUCAAGCUUGUCAGGGUGAUAAUGAUCAUAUUAUGGUGCGAAGUCAUCGGGACUAUGUAGCUGAUGGGAUUAAAUAUGUGCCCAACGAAGCUGAUAUGUUGUUAGCUCUCUCAACAAUGCCUGGCUAUUACUCAUAUAGGAAUGAGAUUCUCGGUAGCUGGUUUAUCCAAUCGUUCGUCAAACAUUUCGCUGAAAACUACAAAAAUACACACCUUUUGGACAUCCUAACUUUGGUAUCGUGUGACGUAUCAGAACGCGGACAAAUGCCACUUGUAAUCAGUACCUUGCCCAAACAUCUGUAUUUUUGA